AUGCGGCAGGCGCGGUCGAGCCGACCACGGAGCCGUGCAGGGCACGCGCGUAAUUACAGAGGCGCCGCGGUGCCGCUGAGGGCCGCCACCGCAGUCCGCGGGAGGCCUUCCCGUCACGACGCGAACCUGCCGCAGGAUGGCGCCACGGUGCCGCUGAGGGCCGCCACCGCGGUCCGCGGGAGGCCUUCGGCCACCCGCGCAGCAUGGCGCGGAGGCCCGCGGCAGCGCGUGCCACCACAGGGGCGCCGUGGGCCGCUCGAGGGCAGCUCGGGGACGGCGGAAGACGACGAGGCGAGACCUCCCAGGGGGUAG